AUGACAAGUGGCAUGAGGAAUGCAACUUUAUCCUUUGCAUCCAAUUUAAAUUUUAAAUAUAUUUAUUAUAACAAUGAUGCAGUUUUACAAUUUUUAAUUGACAAUUAUGGGGAAAAUUCUGAUGAAUUUCACACGUUUAACAAUAUUAUUCCAUUUGCAUAUAAAAUUGAUUUUUGGAGAUUGGCACUUUUAUAUAAAAUUGGAGGUUACUAUUCAGAUGUUGAUUCAGUUUUACUAAAAAAGGAAUUGAAUAGUUUAAUUGAAAAUAAUGCAACAAUGAUUCUACCAGUUGGAUAUGCCACAGAAUUUGUUUGGUUUGGAUUUGAUUUUGCCUUUAUUGGAAGUGUACCUCAACAUCCAUUAUUAAGAAUUGCCAUGGACAUGAUUAUUUAUAAUGUGAAAAAUAAGUUCAUUCCACAAGUUCCACAACGAUUGAAUGAAAUUUGGUUUUUCAAAUAUUUCACAAUUACAGGACCUGUUCUAAUGGGAAAAGCAUUUAAUAGAUUUAUGAAUGAACCUGAUGAAGCUCCACAUAAUAUUGUAAAGGGAAGAAGUUUGGGAAUUCAAUUUCUUGGAUUUUGUGAAGUGAAUGGCAGAAAGUAUUUUACCACCAUUCCACAUCAGAGAAAUAUCAGGGAAUGUAGAGGUGAAACUGUGAUACAGUUUGCCUAUGAUGAAUAUUGGGAGGAGAGAUGGAAAACAAGUAAGCCAUAUUGGCGAAAUGUUAUUGAGGGAAAGAUUUUUAAUUCUUGA